CCCAAGGAAAUCCGGGAUAUUAAGCAGUUCAUCGAGAUUGCGCGGCGGAAGGAUGCUUCCCAGGCCCGCAUAAAAAAGAUCGCCGCAAAAUCUGCAGCUGGAAAGGUGCAGACUAAGUUCAAAGUGCGGUGUUCACGAUACUUGUACACACUUUCUGUGGACGACCCAGAGAAGGCUGAAAAGCUCAAGCAGAGCUUGCCACCAGGUGCGUGA